AUGGAAGAAGAGAUAACGGUGAAUGGAAAAAGUUCAGUCCUUAUAAGGCUAAAGGAUACUCCGCCCAGAGUCUGUUCGAGAAAAGAAGACAUGAAACGUUUAGACGAAACUGAGGAUUGUUUCGUGUUAGAUUUCGACCCACAUCACUCGUUGGACGACAAAAAUAGCCACCAAUGUGAUGCCUCUAAGGAUUUCUACAUUGUUGGUGAAAACGGUAAGGUAGCUUGCAGGGAUUACCCACAUCCAAGACAUCUGUGUGUUAAAUUUCCGUUUACCACAACACCUCACCAGAGCUAUUGCGAACUGUGUUACUGUCGUGUAUGUGGCAUACGUGCUCCUUGUAAGCAUUGGACCGGAUCAAAGUCCCCACACUGUGAUGAAGUUUAUCAUAAAUUUUCAAGCAGAGUUUUUGGAAUUCGGGGAAUAUGA